AAAAACUUUAUUACCUUGCAACACUACCGUUCUCUUGUCAAACUGUCAUUCACUUCGUGCAACCGCUAGCGAAAUGUCUGAAUUUGCCGGUGAUAAUUCAAAACCACGAGUUAUUGUAUUAGGAGGCUGCGGCUUCAUCGGUCGGAAUCUGGUGGAUUAUUUGAUAUCGAAUGAUUUGGUGAGCGGUCUGCGCGCUGUGGACAAGACGCCGCCUCAGCUGGCGUUUUUAAAUCCGUCUCAUACGAAGAUUUUUGAGGACCCCCGCGUCGAAUACAAAAGUGCCAACUUAAUUAACCCAACAUCAUGCGCCGCAGCGUUAGAUCCCGGCGAUGCUCCCUGGGCCAUAGUAUUCAACUGUGCAGGCGAGACCCGCAUGGGUCAAACCGAGGCGGUGUACGCCGAGGGCAUAUGCACGCUCAGCAGCAACGUGGCCAAGCAGUGCGACCAGCAGGGCGUCAGGCUGGUCGAGAUCUCUAGUGGCACCAUGUAUAGCACUGAAAAGCCGCACAAAGAAGACGGUCCGGUGGAUCCUUGGACGACGGAAGGCCGCAUGAAGAGCAGGGUGGAACAAGAGCUGAAAAGCAUGGAUACGCUCAAUUAUACCAUCAUUCGGCCUGCUAUAGUUUAUGGCAUUGGAGAUAGAAGAAGUUUGACCCCUCGUCUCCUCCUAGGCGCUAUCUACAAACACCUAAACGAAACCAUGAAACUCCUCUGGACAGCCGACCUCAAGAUGAACACUGUCCAUGUAUCCGACGUCUGCCGAGCCAUGUGGGCUUUAGGCAAUAAGCCAGAGGCGAAUAAACAAGUGUAUAAUAUCGUGGAUGAGGCUAAUAGUACGCAGGGAAGCUUGGCUGAACUGGUGUCGGAUAUAUUCAAGAUUAAUCAUGAUUAUUAUGGGACUGCUAUCUCAACUUUAGCUAAGAGUGACAUAGCGUCCGUAGCCGAACAGGCAAACGACAAGCACCUCAGCGCGUGGGCCGACAUCUGUCGCCAGCACUCUCUCGCUCACACACCUCUAGAGCCCGGUGCCGGCGCCGAACUGCUGUUGAACAAGCAUUUAUGCCUAGAUGGGAGCAAGUAUAGGAAUAUACAGGCUCCGGAGGCGCCUAAGCCUACUGCUGAGAAGUUAUCUCAGGUGCUAGAAGACUACGCUUCAAUGAAUCUCUUCCCCAAGGAACUUCUGCUAUAACCACACUAACUUCAGAUAAACACGAAAACGAAACACGAACUGAAUUACCGAUAAUUAUUUAAACAGCACGGCUACCAAGAGUUGGCAUUUGACAUUUACGUUGGCGACUGAACGCGAUGGCAUUCCCUCUCUUAUCACUACCAAUAUAUCUGUGCGAACGAGAUGGACUGCGAUCGAGUUUACACAGCCGCUAACGUAAACGUCAAGUGUUAUCUGAUGGUACGGCUACUGGAAACCGUCUGAUGAAUCUUUUGUUAUAAUAUCGCUUGUAGAUUUUGAAUCAGUCGUUUUUAUAUCACGAAAUAGAUAAAGCCCGAUGGUGUAUAACAUGGUUAACUAGCGCCACCUAGUGGCGAGUAGAAAAGACUAACUGUUAGUAAUCAUUUGGGUGAUAAAUAUAAUUAUAAAGCAUUCCAUUCUGUAUAACACCCUGACGUUUUUUAAAUUACCUGGAUAAUUUCAUAGUUAACAUACCGUAUACUAGCGACAUCUAGUGGCGAAUAGGAGCGGCAUUAUAAUAUACAACUUAAAAUGCUAUUGUGUAGUAUUCCGUCUUCCUAAAAUGAUUUAUUCCGAAUGUGUAUAUACAAUCUUAAAAAUAAUACAUCCACUUCGGAUACUUCUUUAAAAAAAUAUUCGAAUUACACAUAACGUCAACUUAUGUCAAAACUUUCUCUAAAGUUGUAUUUUCUGUGUUGUGGUAAAAAUUAAAUUGUGCCUUGAUAUAUUUUAUAAGCGCACAAUUUUUCUAUUUUGGAACCACAAGAAGUGCGUGGUUGUCCAAAUUAUCUUCUAAAAUGUCAUGAUUUCAUGAAUAACGCGGCCGGUCACCACCCAUUGGCUUUCAUACUAGUUUAGUUUCAGAGCUAACUUUCGGUAAACUUUCUUCAUGGACAUAAAUGUUCAACAUCGGGGGGCCUAGCCAAGACAAUCGUUAAUAAAAAACCGGCUAAGUGCGAGUCGGACUCGCGUUCCAAGGGUUCCGUACAUUACACAAUUUAAACCAUGUAUUUUUUAUGUGAAACGUGAGUGAAAUAUCUUUAAAAAACCCGUAGGGCUCGGAUCAAAAACUAAGUAAUUAAGUCCGACUCACGCUUGACUGCACAUUUCUAAUAGGUUUUCCUGUGUAGUGUAAUAGGUGUGUGUGUAGGUAAAGAACUAUUUUGUGUAUUUAUUUAUUUUUUCAAAAUUUUAGACCCAGUAGUUUCGGAGAUAAAGGGAGGGGGAAUGGUAAUUUUUUGCCUAUUUUCUUGUUACUUCUAAACUUAAUUGGUCCAGUAGUUUCGGAGAUAAUAAGCUGUGACAGACAGACGCACGAGUGAUCCUAUAAGGGUUCCGUUUUUUCCUUUUGAAGUACGGAACCCUAAAAACGUCAAUCGAAAGUGAAAUAAUGUAUGGAAAUGAUCACACUACUACGUUUCGAUCAGCAUUUAUCAGUGUAGGAUUGUUAUCUUGGUUAAGCCCCCUGUUGUUGAAGUGGAUUAACUUGCAGCGUAGUAUUAUACAGGGUGGCUAAAAAAUAAGUGUAUUCCCGUUGCCAGGGAGGUUUUGGGAUUAUACUGAGCAACUUUUACUAUGGGACCAACCACGCCCUCGCGAAUAAAAAUUGGCUGUUUCAUACAUUUUGGCUGGUCCAUUUUCUAUGGGAGGGUUAAAUUUAUUUUCGCGAUUUCGUGGUUGGUCCCAUAGUUAAAGUGGCUCAAAUCGUAAAACCUCCCUGGCAACGGGAAUGCACUUAUUUUUUAGCCACCGUCUAUAAGUAACUGCGUGUAGUGACCUCAUGGUUUUUAUAUACUGAAUUUUGAUGUAUUCUAUGAUAAUAACAUUACACAGAUCAAAUAAAUGAACGAAUACGACAUUAAGUAUAAUGAACUUUUGUAAUGUAUUUUAGACUAGCAAUAGGGAAUAUUACGCGAAACUCUGCGUAGGGGGCGCCACUACCACAAUCUGAGGGUCGAUCGCGAAACAAGAAAAUCGAAAUUCCUUUGUCUAACAUCUCUGUCUCUGUCACUCUUGCAAGUCUUGCUUAUUCGAGCGAUAAAGAGGCAGAUAGCGAUAUUUCGGAUUCGCGUUUCCCGGUAGGUCCUCUGUAAACAAACCUUGAUGCAUCAAUGUCAUAUUUUAUUAUCUCUGAAAACUUGUCGAAACCCUGUUAAAGGUACAGUAUGUAUAAGUUACUCUAUGGUUUACUAAAAAGGCUAGUGCUGCACUCUGGUGGCAGAACAUUGCAGUAAUAUUCCCUACAGCCAACGAGAAUAAGUCCUUCGUAUUAUGAAGCUCAUUAGAAGGAAUUCAUAGAUUUAGUGAUAUUUGUAGGUGCUGUGAUAGUGAGAUUGAUCUUUGAUCCUAACCCUUUCAUGGUUUAGUAGUAUCGUAUAUUAUACUUAAGAGUAAAACUGUCAGGAAUUAUUAACCUAAAAUAAACUAUUAAGUAAUGUUUGAUUUUUACAACUAGAUUGAGAUGUUUUAACGUGCUCCUGAGUUGAAGUGUUCUAUGUAAAUGACUAAAAAUUUGUUAAAUUAAAAACUCUUUUCUUGUACAUACUUUUAGGUGCUCGUUGUACAGUUUUGGAAACAUCUUAUUUGUCAAGAAUUUUUUUAAUUACGUACAAGGGGGAUUGGCAUUUGUACUUUUGUGUCCUGCUUAUGCCAUUCCCAAUUUUCUUUUUUUCUUUAAGCAUUAUUUAAUAUAUGUUUAACUUUUUUAUCAGACAUCUAUACUAGAGACUUUUUUUAUAAGUAAAGCUUUUUAAUACCUAACGUUAAAUUUUAUGCAAUUUUAAUACCAUUCGCAAAUAACUUGUUAAAAAUAAAACUUACAAUAUCAUUACUAUAAUAAUCCUGGUUCUCAGGAGACGAGAUUUGUAUGAAAUUUCCAAGACAAUAAAAUACUAACUUAUAAGAGAAAGACUGCGACGACCAAAAAGCGAUGUAAAAUGCUUUUACUAAAUUGACUAAGAUAUCGAAAUUACGUGUCUUCAGUCCAUCCAAAAGUGUAUGAAAUAUGAGACAUUUGAAAUUAUUUGUAUGAGAUUAAAUCAAGUAUAGGAUCUAUUAGAUUAUUUUAAACCGGGUCACUCACGUAUUAUUAAGUCGAAUAGCUCGACAUGUUUCGGUCGGUUAAUAAUACGUUAAGCUUUUUUGGCGAAAUUAUAAAAUUAGGAAUAGUAUUAUGUAUUAGAAAUUGUAAUCGUAAUAACCUACCCACACCAUACAUAUUUAUGAAUAUACUACAGAAACUAUUGAUAACGAAUAGUACUAAAAGUUAAACUUUUUGAAAUUGUAGUUUUAACCUUUUGAUCGUCAAGUCUUCUUAAGUGGUCAUUUAUUACGUCUACAUAUGUGAUAUUUUCUAUAAAAAGGGACCUUAUUGUCGAUGGCGCUUACGCCAUUAUAAACGAUGCUCCGAUAUAAAUAUAAUGCCGCGCGACGCUGUGCGGCGUAAGCGCCAUCGACAAUAAGGUCCCUUUUCAUAGAAAAUGCCCCAUAUUUCUAUAGUUAACUCGAUUUUCUAGUAAAUAGUAUGAUCUCUUAGUAUGGAGUCCUGCUAGAUUUUACAUAAAUAAACG